UGUGAUACUCUGGUGUACUUUGGCAGUACAAUCUCUACCUCAGAGGUUUUUCUUUUAAAAAACAAAAUACAAAGCCAUCCUAUAGAUAUAAAAAAAAUCUAAUACUGUAAAAUUUUUCAAUAUCAGAAGCGUGGAAAUGUGCCAGUGUACUGAAGUGUUUUUAUUUUUUUUUUGAAGUGUUUUUAUAAAAUAUAAAAACACUAAAGGUGUGUUCCCACAUGCUGACUCGGCAGUUCCUGGGAACGACUUAAAUUUUAAACAAAACAGUCAUUUGCUGAAUAGUAAGGCACAGUAUUAAACAUUAUUAAAAAUAAUAAUUUGAGUGCUUAUACGUUCAUUUUUAAAUAGAGUGGAAGAAUAUACACCCAGCAGCAUACAUUUUUCUGCGACAGUAAGAUUUACCCGUUGGUUUUGGGAAAGCACAAAAGGCAGGCGCCGCGCCUUCACAGCGGCUGGGAGAGUAAGAGGCUCCAAUGCCGUGCUCUGACGUCGAAAGACUCUGACACAUCAUCAGAAAACUUCUGUUCCGUUUUAUUACGUGAGCAACUCACUGAUCCUCGGGUAGACACAUUUCUGAGAGAAGUAUUCUGAUGAUUCAAAGCCGCACAGAUUGGAAAACUUAAAACCUGAGCAUCUGUACAGACUAAAGGACAGAAAACUGGAAGGGGCCCUUUAAUGUGCCCAGGGCACGUUAAUUCAAAAAGAUCUUAUUAGUAUAGUUUGCAGUACAUAAUGGCAGUCUUUGCAGCACUCCGCGGGGUCUCUCGGGCGCGCUACUGAACGGCUAGAGCAGGCUGGUGAGGGGAGGGCUGGUCUCCGACUGGGCGUGGGAGUGAGUCCCUGUGCUCCCCGUCCUAGGCUGCCGGUGCAGCGCCCCGCGCACAUGUAUACUCUAAAACGUGCCUGCGCACUCCUGCACAUCCUUACACCCCUGCACACUCCACACCGUGCACUCCUUACACACUCGCACUCGCUCCACACACCUGCACACUCCCCCGCGCUGCGCAUGCUGCUGCAGGCCGCAGCCCCACCGGGCUUUCCCGGUCAUUCUGCGCGGCAUUCUCAGAGCUCCGAAAGCCAGCUCAGAUUUUGCUCUUCCCGCGCCGUCUCCUGGCCGAAGUAGAGGCAGCACAGUCGCCGACACAGUGCAAUCGCCAGGAAAGCCGGGUCUCGGACUUUUUGCAGCACGGAGAGAGAGGCGCGGAAACUUUGGGGGGCGGGGCGCCGAGAUUUGGGGGGCUCUUCACAUUUGUUUUCUGUCUCCCGAGGGGUAGGAAAACCCAGAGCAGCCUGCACCCGAGGCCGCUCGCAUCGUGACUUCUGUCCCUAGGCCUGCGGACGCCUGUGGACUGCCGAGCGAGCUCUCUCGCCCCUGCGGUUUACACGCCGACCACAGCGACUCGGGACUCUUCCGGCGGCCCCAAGCAGACCGGAAGUGCGCGGCCGGCGGCGCAUGCGCGCGAUGCAUUUCCGCCGGGGCGGUCUCCGCGGUUCCCGAUGCUGCCUGCGGCAGGGGCGGGGACGGCGCGGGUGGCCGCGUACCCUGCGGUUUGGGCGCCUUCCCGCCCGGCCCGCUGGGGACCCGGUCUCCCGGCGGCCCCGACCAGGUGUCCCCCGUGCGGGCCGUACGCUCGGGCCCGAGGGACUGAGGCUCCUGUCUCGCGAGUGUCCGUGGCGCCGGAGAGAGCAGGCUGCAUUGUGACGCGGACGAGUGCGCCUCUGCGGGGUUCCGCGCCGGGGCUCUGCCGGAUCCGAACUGCCUGGCCAAGGCGGAGACCAGUGCUCGGGCGUCCGUUAGGGCGCCGUGCAGAGGCCUCCCGGGCGGCAUGGAGGCCGGCGGGGCUGCGGGGCAGCUGCGGGACAUCGUCCAGGUGACAGUGAAAGAGGACAGCGCUGGGGACCCGGGGUCCUGCCAGUCGGGGGGCGUGUCGUGUCCGGGGGAGCUAUCCCGGCUGCGCUUUAGGCAGUUCUGCUACCAGGAGACCCCGGGACCCCGGGAGGCGCUGCGCCGGCUCCGAGAGCUCUGCCACCAGUGGCUGCGACCCGAAACCCACAGCAAGGAGCAGAUCCUGGAGCUGCUGGUGCUGGAGCAGUUCCUGGCCAUCCUGCCCGCAGAGCUGCAGGCCUGGGUGCGCGCCCAGCGCCCAGAGAGCGGGGAUGAGGUGGUGACUGUGCUGGAGGACUUGGAGAGGGAGCUGGACGAGCCUAGGCUGCAGGAAAUGAGCAAGGUGAGGAAUCCACAGCGCCAUGGAUGCAUGUUGGUGCUAACAUUUUUGAUAGGGUAAAAGAAGAUAAGUAUGACAGUUGAAGAAAAGCUUUAAGUUGUAAAAUAUUUGGAAAGAAAUUAAAGAACUUGUGGUUGUAUAACCAACACAAAGAAGUCAGUGUUGUGUACAGUUAGGAGCAAUGCUGGGAAAGUAAAAGAAAGUUAUCUAACUGGAAUAGCUGCCAGUGCUACAAACUCCAUUAGAACAAGGCAUGCAGAAUGGAAGAAGUGGAACAUUUGUUAAGCAUGUGGGUUGUUUAAUACCUGAAAAGAUGCAGUCUAGCGUGUCCUUUCUCAAAAUUAAAGAGAAAGCUUUAAGGAAGUGGUGAACCUGUCCCACAUGUGCUGCAACGGGUACGCACAGCCUUCUCUGUUGGUGCUUGCCAUGAGUCGCCCUAGCAUUGCCCCAAUAGCUGAGCAGCAGAGAACAGUGUGUAUACAGGCCAUAUACAUUCUCCACAGAGGUUUCGACACCAGGUGGAGAUAAGUGAGCCAUGGCUCUUCAGGCAUAGCUUGUUUAGCUUUCACAUGGCUGGUCGGUGCACUGCCAAUAUAUAUACACAUCUGCUUGGUCUGGCUGUGAGUUUUAAUAUAUCUGCUUUUAUUAGCACAAGAUUUUAGCUUUGAGUUUUCUUACGAAAAAUUAAAAUGUUAUGUCUAAGAUUUAGCAAAGCAUGUUUUAAGUAAGAGACUGAGUGUGGUUUUAUUUAUUUAUUUAUUUUUGAGACAAGGUCUCACUGUGUUGGCUGGCCUUGAACUUGCUUAUGUAGCCCAGGCUGGCCUCAAACUCAAGGCAGUCUUUCUUGUUUUAGCUUCCCCCGUGCUGAGAUUACAGGCUUUCAGCACCGUGCUUGACAAGAGUCUUUUAAUGUUGUGCUGUCCUCCUAUAUAUUUGAAUCUGUAGCAUCAUGUCAAGUUGUUUGUGAACAAUUUUUGAAAAUAUGAACAAGAAUAUAUAUAUAUAUAUAUUUGCUUGGAUUGGCUGUGAUUGUAGCAGACCCUACAAGGUAGGAAAUGCACUCAGAUUCCUUUUUCAGAGGAGACUAAAAGCUGAUAGUUAGUGGAACAUUGCUCUCUUGCCCUUGUGGUCAACAAAUGCAAGAGGAGCCGUAGCUGAGACUCCCUGCUGUAGACUGUUGAUUCAGGGAAUAUCCAGUUACGUAGUGUUAACCAAUGAUUUGUGUUGGGUGCUUCAUUUUGUUUUUUAAAUUUUGUGUUUUUUUAGACUCCAAGUCUUGAACACCAAAAAAUGACUACAGCAAAAAAAGCAAAA